CCCAAACCCAACAAGGAGGAAACCGCGCGGCGCGGCGUCUCCUCCCCCUGCUCGCCUUCGUCGCAGCCUUGCGCUCCCCGCAAGCCUCCUCCUCCUCAUCGGCGGCUCUCUCCUAAUCCGAUCGGAGGAGGAGCGAAAUUUAGCGAGAAAUCGAGAGGAGCCCCAGACCCUGGCGCGCCAUAUAUAGCCAGGCACAUGCGAUCGGCGAGCCCAGUUGCUGCUGGGCUCUCUCCCCCGCGCGCGCGCACGCAUUUGCCGCCUCUUUAAUCCCCUUCCUCCCUCUCGCUCGCCAAUGGAGUCCUCGCCGGCUGCGGCCAUGGCCCCGCCGCCGCCGCCCGCGCCGUCGUCGCGGGCGAGGGACCCCCUCCUCUUCGGCAGCUUCGACCUCCCCGCCGGCUGGGGGUGCCGCAAGCCCAUGGGCUUCUGCCGGGACAUUGGCUCCCCCGCCGCGCCCCUGCCCAGCGCAACCGCCACCGAGGCCGGGAAUAGCGGCUCCCGAUCGCCGCCGAAAGGAGCCCCGGCCGCGCAGCACGCGCCCGCGCCGGAGGAGCCCCGGGAAGCAGCUCCCCGGAGGCAGUGGAACCUGCGGGAGCGGACGUCGUGGCGGGAUUACAGAGCGGAGGACUCGCGGCAGCCCAAGAAGCUCGGGAGCGCGGACGCCGCCGGCCACAAUACCCGCGGGUUCUCGGUGGCCCUGACGCGGCAGGAGAUCGAGGCGGACUUCCUCGCGAUCACCGGCCGGAAGCCGCCGCGCCGGCCGAGGAAGCGGACCAAGAGCGUCCAGCGCCAAAUCGAGACGCUUUGCCCUGGGAGUUCGCUCAUGGAGAUGACCCGCGACCGGUACAAGGUGAAUGAGAAAGGGGGGUUCUGAGUUGCAUAAGCGAAGGGAGGACCGGAGGAGAUGGAUUUCCAACCGAGGAGCUUGAUCGAGCAAUGGCUGGCUCAUCAGAGUUGCAAGAGAGAUUUAGGGUUAAUUGCCUCAGUCUUUCGGUAGUUACGCAAUUGAUCAUGUAUGCCAAACCCUAACAGUAUAUGUGUUGGUUGGGUUCUCUUUCUCUUAAACUGAUUGGGGGUUUACCUUUGGGUAUCCAUCAAGCCUGAUUCUCCCGUUC